CCUUUCAUGCAGAGCCGGAAAGGGUGUGGGGAGGAGAGGAGAGGGAGGCAGGUCUUGGGCCCUGGUCCUGCCCCCUGCUCCUCCCCACCCUUCUCAGGGCCUGGCCACCCAGCCAAAAGGCAGGCCGAAAGCAGGAGAGGCACAGAGUCCGGGAUUGGUCCCAGGCAGCAGUUACCCGCCGCCCUCCUGUCUGUUCCCAGAGCCAUGGAGAGAGCCAGUCUGAUCCAGAAGGCCAAGCUGGCAGAGCAGGCCGAACGCUAUGAGGACAUGGCAGCCUUCAUGAAGGGCGCCGUGGAGAAGGGCGAGGAGCUCUCCUGCGAAGAGCGAAACCUGCUCUCUGUGGCCUACAAGAACGUGGUGGGUGGCCAGAGGGCUGCCUGGAGGGUCCUGUCCAGCAUUGAGCAGAAAAGCAAUGAGGAGGGCUCGGAGGAGAAGGGCCCCGAGGUGCAUGAGUACCGAGAGAAGGUGGAGACUGAGCUCCGGGGCGUGUGCGACACUGUGCUGGGCCUGCUGGACAGACACCUCAUCCAGGAGUCUGGGGACGCCGAGAGCCGGGUCUUCUACCUGAAGAUGAAGGGCGACUACUACCGCUACCUGGCUGAGGUGGCCACCGGUGACGACAAGAAGCGCAUCAUUGACUCGGCCCGGUCAGCCUACCAGGAGGCCAUGGACAUCAGCAAGAAGGAGAUGCCGCCCACCAACCCCAUCCGCCUGGGCCUGGCCCUGAACUUUUCCGUCUUCCACUACGAGAUCGCCAACAGCCCCGAGGAGGCCAUCUCGCUGGCCAAGACCACCUUCGACGAGGCCAUGGCUGAUCUGCACACCCUCAGCGAGGACUCCUACAAAGACAGCACCCUCAUCAUGCAGCUGCUGCGAGACAACCUGACCCUGUGGACGGCUGACAACGCCGGGGAAGAGGGGGGCGAGGCGCCCCAGGAGCCCCAGAGCUGAGUGUUGCCCGCCACCAGCCGGCCCUGCCCUGCCCCCUCCAGUACCCCACCCUGCCAAGAGGACUAGUAUGGGGUGAGAGGCCCCACCCUUCUCCCCCAGGCGCUGUUCUUGCUCCAAAAGGUUCCAUGGAAAGGGACUGGCAGAGCCGAGGCCACCUGGGGCUGGGGAUCCCACUCUUCUCGCAGCUGUUGAGCACACCUAAUCACUGGUCAUGCCCCACCCCUGCUCUCUGCACCCGCUUCCUGCCGACCCCACGACCAGGCUACUUCUCCCCGAUCUUGCCUCCCUCCUGCCCCUGCUGCCUGAUGUUAGGAAUUGAGGAGUAAGUGUCCCGCCUUGUGCCUGAGAACUGCACAGUGGUAGGGGCUAGAGAUUGUGUGUGUGUGUGUGUGUGUGUGUGUGUGUGCGUGCGCUUGCCAGUGCAAGAUCGAGAUUGAGGGAAAGCAUGUCGGCUGGGUGUGAUCAUGUUUCCUCUCAAUAAAGUUCCCCUGUAACACUC